AUAAUAUAUUAGAGUUAGACAUUAGUGGUUUUUUAAUAAAACUUUAUACAUUAUGAUUCUUAGAAAAUUUAUUUAAAAACUAGGUUUUUAUGUGAAGAUUAUAUAUUAUUAUAUACCACGAGUUAAAUGUUCAUUUAGUUAUGCUAAUCGCGUGUAUUUAGUAAGCUAUGUGUCGAUGUUAGCCAUUUGAAUUUUGAAGUACGGUGUCAUCAAUCAUCCUGAGAACCCAAUUUUUCAUGUUUACUAACUAAAAUAUUUUAAAACUUCUUUCUAUUUCCCUUACAAAUACACUUAGAAAAUUUGGAUUACCUUUGUCAUUACAAUUAGAAUAAAAUUAAUUACGCAAAUAAUAAGAUUUCGCGGCGUGUUUUAUGUCAUCCAAAAUUUGAUAGUUAUUGAUUUUUGUGGAGAUUGUAUAAUUUCGGCAAUUAGUGGGUUAGAGAACAAUGGACGUGGACGAUUCGGCUGUGGAUCUCAGCGUGAGCAGGUCCUUACCACCAGAGCUGAGUGAGCUGAGAGCUCUUACUGCAAGUGGAUUAACUAUUACUCCAGCACAGCCUCCACCACAUGGCGCAAGUGGCAAACGGGUGCUUCGGCCCAGAUCUGAGACCCGUAGCUAUGCAGAAAGUCCUGACAUUGUGCUUCUACCAGCAGCACCACCUCAUAGAAAACCUACUCUUGCACCGCCCACACCUGCUCCAUUUACUGAUGUAAGCAGCAAGCUAAAUUCUGCACCUGUCAAUGUGUCUAUAACAGCCAGUGCAGUGCAGGCCAUUCCAGCACAUGUGGAGUCACCUCGCGAUCCUCGAGAUGAAGAAGAUUCUGAGGAGGAAAAUGAACCACCACUCCCAAUACCUGGGCAUAGGGAAUUAUCUAGUGCCGAGAUAUGGGAACGCGAGCGUCGUCUACGUACAUUGCGGGAACAGCUUAGAGCAGAGGAGACCCGGCUUGUGUUACUUCGAAAGCUGAGGCAAUCCCAACAGGCAACUACCUUGCCGCCAGUUAAAGAGUCCACAACGGGUACAGCAUUAGCGGGCAGUGGGUGUGUCGUACCCCCUGGAGUUACUGUUACUCCGGCGCCACCACCGGCUCAUCAGCAAACCAAGCGCACGAGCAGCAACAGCGCCGCGAGUAACUGCAGUACUUCGAUAAGCAGCUCCUCUCGCCGCUCUGCCAAUCUUCCUGGUGGCGCUACGCUGACGCCGGGCCCUUACCGUUCACAGUCGUCAACUUCGGGAGGCGCAAGUAUUACUCCUUCUGUGACGAUCACUCCUGCGCCGCCACCAGCUUCACAAUUGUCUGCGCCUAAGGCAAGUACCCGCAGUUCAGAAGAUACACAGACGCCCGCCCAACGACAGGCUGCCGCUAAAUUAGCGCUCAGGAAACAGCUAGAGAAGACACUAUUGCAGAUCCCGCCGCCUAAACCUCCUCCGCCAGAGAUGAACUUCAUCCCGUCUCCUAGCAACACUGACUUUGUGUACCUUGUGGGCCUGGAACAUGUCGUCGACUACCUUACUAAUGAAGAUCGCUAUUUCAGUUUCCCGCGUUCGUCAGUCCCAGCCGUGUGCGCGCAGUGCGCUUGCGACUUCACGCCCGUGUGGCGUUGGGAGCGUGCGCCCUCGCGUCGCCAGGACGCAACAUUCACGCCCGCUUCCGCUUCCGCUACUUCUGCGAGACGUCUUUGCGAGUUGUGCGUGUCGGGCAAUGUUAAACGAGCGCUCAAGGCGGAACACACAGCUCGCUUGAAGACGGCGUUCGUGCGCGCUCUUCAACAGGAACAAGAGAUCGAGCGUCGCCUGGCUGCCCCCUCCACUUCGCCACCCCCCACCCCGGCUCCGCCCCCGGCUCACUCUCAUCAUAAUAGGACUUCUCAGCAAACUCCAAUCUCGAGAAUGUCUCGCGGCGGAGGCACUCCAGCACCUCCGACGCCACCUGCGCAGCCACAGCCCAAACCAUCACCACAAGCCAAUAGUCGCAGCGUUAGCUCUUCGGAUACGUUGCGCAGUCACCACGGGUCAAGCGAUCGUGACCGUGCCCGUGAGGCUGAAGUGCCCGCCAAGAAAGGUAAAGCGUCAUCGUCAAGCAGCACAAGCCAGGGUGGUAGUAGCAGCAGUAGCAGCAAACAGCAUCAGCAACUCGCAGCGGCUGCAGCGGCUCAGAUGGCAUUUGAACAGCACAGCGCGGCUGCCAUGCAGGCCUUGCAGCACCAAUUACUCAGAGGCUUGAGCAGCGCCGGCGGAAACAACAGCAUGUCUCCAGCAGCAGCGGCAGCAGCCAUGAUGCAGUUUUCUCCGCUGCUUUACACCUACCAGCUCGCGAUGGCUCAGGCCAGCGCGCUAGGUAAGCGUUCGGGUAAAGGCGGUAACAGCAGCGCUGCAAUGGCGGAAAUGCAGCGCGUAGCGGAAGCACAAAGACAAUAUUUGUUGGAUAUGAUCCCUGGACAUUCACGCAAUCCCUGGACCAAGAAUUGAUUGCUAUGCAUCGAAGAUACAUAAGGCAUUUGAGUAAAAUUUGAUCUUUUAUUUUACAAUAAGCUAGAUAGAUAGUUAAGGUAAGUCAAGGUUUAGUUCAUUGAGUUAAAUGCAAGUUAUAAGAAAUUGUUAAAGUGUGGGGGAGUCUACACGAGUUAAUUACAAGAAUCACAAUGUAUUUAUUAAUAAACAGUUGAUUGUAACAAAAUUGUACAUUAAAAAUCAUUUAUCAUUAAAAGUAAAUUUUUAUAAAUCCUCACAUGUGAUGGGAAUGUUCAAGGCGUAUAAUGUGAUGUCAAUUAUAACUUAAACUAUCACAUCAUUAUAACAGAAAUAACAAAAGCUUUAUUAUGAAGGAAAAAGUGAAACUGGAAUAUAUUUUAAGCAUAUUAUUAGGCUUACUUUUUAUAUAUUAUCUAUAAAAGUUAAGAAUAGAACUACUCGUGUAGGCGCCAAAACUCUGUGUUCCAAAACUGAUUAAAAACAACUGUCAAGCAUUUGCAAAUUACAGAAACUGUCAAGCAUCAAUUGACAGAUCAUUAAAGUCGAAUUAAGUUUGGAAUAUGGAAUUCAGAAACGUAAAGUGCUAUAAUGAUUGCACAACUUUAAAUACGUAAUUAUAAAGUAGAUAAGGUUAAACUUAAACUUAGUAAGUGUAAUUUUUCAUUUUUAUGUGGACUUUGAAUAAAUAAUUACACACA